CGAGGAGUCUCUGAGCCACCUCUGGAAAGAGCUGUCAGCAGGCACAACCAUUUUGUGGCAGAGUCCCCAGAAAAGGGGGGCCACGCAAAGGGGGAAAGAUGCUGGCAUUCAGGGAUGGCCUUGGAGGGACAGACCAGCUUGGCCGGCUGCCUGAGCUUGCAGAGAGAUCGCUGAGGCCCUGGCCGUGAAUCUUGAAAGGGAAAGAGCUCUCCCCCUCCACUGGCACCUGGAUGCAGAGCACUUCAUCCCUGGGAUGGCUCCGUCUCUGACAGAAAUGGCUUCCAUCACUCUCCCAGGCUCUGGGGCCCCUGCCAGUGAACUGGAGCUGAUCAUUAAACCCAGGAUCAUCAAUGGGGAGGACGCUGCACCUGGUUCCUGGCCCUGGCAUGUGUCUCUGGAGACUCCCCCUGGAAUCCUUUUCUGUGGGGGCUCACUCAUCAGCGAGAAAUGGGUGAUCACCGCCGCCCACUGCAAUGUCACGACAUCUGACUGGGUUGUUGUUGGCCAGUCUGAUCUAAACUCACCUGGAAACAAUCACCAGAUCCUGAAGAUUGCGCAGAUUUUUAAUCACCCCAAGUUCAACUUGUACACCGUCUACAAUGACAUCGCCCUGCUGAAGCUGGAGAGAGCUGCUCGCUUCCACCAGAUGGUGUCCCCGGUUCUCCUGCCCAGUGCUGAUGACCGGUUCCUUCCUGGGACCUUGUGCACUAUUAUGGGCUGGGGGGACACCAAGCCCAAUUGCAACAAGAAACCUGCCAAGCUGCAGCAAGCCUCCAUGCCGCUCCUGUCCAUGGCCACAUGUAGGAGGUACUGGCCCGGAAUCAAGAAUUCUGUGAUCUGCGCUGGGCUCCAAGGUUCCUGCUUCCACGAAGGCGACUCUGGCGGAUCCCUGGCCUGCAAGAAGAGUGGAGUCUGGACCCUGGUGGGCGUCAUGGCCUUCGGUAGUAAAACCUACCCCAUUGGAAAACCUGUAGUGGCCACCCGUGUCAGUACAUUCGUGCCCUGGAUUGAGGAGAUCCUGGCUCACAACUGAGCCCUUCACUUCUCAUUCUGGUGCCCCUUAUCCCAAAUAAAAACCUCU